AAGGAAAUAUCUAGUUUUUUAAAGAUGGCCCCAAUUUUGUUUGCACCGCUCAUUCCAGUUUCGACGGUUAAUACUAAAUCUCCACGGUGGAUUUCAAUGAAAGCCCAUGGAUGUUUGCGUUUUGGAAAUUAUUCGCGUGCAAAGAGUCUGGCUUGGCGCAACAUCCCAUCUGCUGUUGUCGGAGAGGAUGCGAAGAGUCUUCAGGCUUAUUACGGGAAGCCAGAUUACGUUCAAUCUGUUUCAACAUUUGAGGCACCCUCGGAUGAGAUGGAUAAGAGAAUAGAGGAAUUGGUUGCAGAGAUCAAAGCUAUAUUUAAUUCGAUGGAAGAUGGGGAAAUAAGUCCCUCUCCAUACGAUACUGCGUGGGUAGCGAGGAUUUCUGCAAUUGAUGGCUCCGCUAAACCCCAGUUUCCUCAAAUGGUGGACUGGAUUCUUCACAAUCAGUUACCCGACGGUUCUUGGGGAGAGAAUCGUCGUUUUUUAGCUUGUGAUAGAUUACUCAAUACUCUUUCCUGCAUAGCUACUCUAGCCUUCUGGGGCGUUGGAAAUAACCAAGUGAACAGAGGUAUUGAGUUCUUAAAGGGUAAUACAGAAGGAAUGAUUAAAGAAGCAAAUCAUCGAUCGAAAGGAUUCGAGAUAGUCUUUCCUGCGCUGUUAAAUCAAGCCAAACUUUUGGGUUUAGAUCUUCCUUAUGAGGUACCUAUCAUAAAGCAAAUCAACGAAAAGCGGGACUCCGAAUUAAAAAAAGUAUCUUUUGAAGAGCUGCACAGCCAUCCCUCAACAAUGUUGCAGUGUCUGGAAGGGAUACAAGAAGUAGUAGAUUGGAAAAAUAUCCUGAAACUGCAAUCCCAGGAUGGAUCUUUCUCAAGCUCCCCAGCAUCUACAGCUUGCGUAUUUAUGCAAACAGGAGACAACAAAUGCCUAAGGUUUUUGACAAGCCUUGUUGCAAAGUUUGGAGAUCAUGUACCGAGCAUUUAUCCAGUGGAUAUAGCGGAGCGUUUGAGAGCCGUGGAUAGUGUUGAAAGUCUUGGCCUCGAACGCCAUUUCCAAACGGAGAUUAAACAAGCCAUGGACUAUGUGUUCCAUUACUGGAGUGAAAGAGGCAUUGGAUUAGGAAGAAAGAGCCUGGUUCCAGAUAUUGAUAUUACAGCCACUGCCUUCAGGCUUCUCAGAACGUUCGGCUACACUGUAUCUUCUGACGCUCUGCAAAACAUCAAAAGCGAGGCUGAAGAGCUUUCUAAGCGGUCCGGUGACGAAAACUGCGCAGGAAUAAUCGCCAUACUCAGCCUGUAUAGAUGUUCACAGCUUAACUUUCCGGGCGAAAACGUAAUGAGAGAAAUCGGUGCAUUUGCAGAAGAUUACUUGGCCAGAUCCCUGGAAAGCAAGAACUUUUGUCAAGCGAAGGCUGUGAAGGAAAACCUUCGCCAAGAGAUCGAAUAUGCUCUGUCUGCUCGGUGGAAUAGAAAUAUGCCAAGGCUGAUGGCUAGAAAUCACAUAGUAGCGUUUAAUCCCGAUGAUCUAUGGCUGGGGAAGACAUUAUAUCGAUUGCCAAAAGCGAGCAACGACAAGUAUUUAGAAUUGGCCAAACUCGACUUCAACAGCAUUCAGGCUAAACUCAGAUCUGAAAUACAACAUAUAAAGAGAUGGUACAAGGAAUGCAAAUUCCCGCAGUUGGAUUUUACUCGUCACAGAGAAGUGGCAGUUUACUGGACCUCUUCAGUGGUGAUGUUUGAACAACAAUACACCGACUGUAGACUCGAUUUUACAAAAGCCGGAAUCCUGGGUGUUAUCACAGACGACCUCUAUGACACCUAUGCAACUCUGCAACAACUCAAGCUUUUCAAUGAAGCUUUCGAAAGAUGGGAUCCAUUGCAAAUCGACCAAUUGCCAGAGGACAUGAAAAUAGUUUUCAUGGGUUUCUAUAAUACUUUGACCGAUAUAUCCGAACGUGCACGGGAGGUUCAAGGACGUGAUGUGCUUCCUUACCUGCGCCAACAGUGGUUGAAUCUGUUGUUCAGUUUCACAAAAGAAAGAGAAUGGAUGGAAAGAAGUUAUCCGCCAUUAUUAGAUGAAUAUUGGGAGAAUGCCAAAGUGUCGAUAGCAAUGGAAUCAACUAUCCUGACGCCAAUAUUUUCUACGGGAGACAUUCUUCCUGAUCACAUUCUCGGGAAACUUGACUUUCUUAAUCUCGUCAGUGAGGCAGGCCGUCUCAUGAACGAUUUCAGAACUUUCCAGAGGGAAAGAGAUCGCGGGGAAUUGGCUUCAUUCGUACAAUGUUACAUGAAUGAGCACCCUGGAUGCACUGAAGAAGAGGCCCUGAAUUACAUGGAAGAAGUGAACGAAGAGGCUCUUACUCAAUUGAACUACCACUUUUUAAUGCGUGCAGACAUACCCAAGCGUUACAGAACACUUCUUUUCAACACGGCCCGGAUAAUGCAAAUUAUUUACAGGAAGGAAGACGGCUUUCUAAAUGCCGCGGAGGACCUUGAAGAUUCCAUUAAAAAGUCUCUGUAUGAACCAUUGCUGUAACAGAUUUCCCAGUGUUAUGGGAUCUUGAAAGUCCAAGAAUCAAGGCACGUGGGUCCAUUAAAAAGUGUCUGUGCGAACCGCUGAUGCAAUAGAUUACUAUUACGGAUUGCUGAAAUUCUAACUUCACUAAAAUAAAAUUGUUGUUCCAAAAGAU